CAUUAGAUUUUAUUUAUUUGAUUGUUAUUAACAAACAAACAAAAAUAAUACCUCAAAAAAUGAAUACAAAAUUGUUUGCCUUAUUUGCCAUUUGUUUGGUGAUGGCUAUGGUUGCCCUACCCAUGGCCAGUGCCCAGUUCGGUUAUGGACGAGGAUUUGGCGGCGGUUACGGUAGAGGUUUUGGCGGCGGUUACGGACGCGGGUUUGGUGGCGGUUAUGGUCGCGGAUUUGGCGGCGGUUAUGGUCGCGGUUUUGGCGGCGGCUACGGACGCGGAGGUUUCUACGGUUAGACACAACAAACAAAUUUUUUUUUAUUUAAAAAAACAGAUUUGGAUGAAAACACCUGGAUCAUUUAAUUUUAUUUUUAAAAAAUAAAUUAAUUUUAUGUUAUAAUAAA